UGGAGUAUUAUUAUUUUAAUAAUUCCAAAGAUCCGAGUGAAACACUCUCAGCUCUCGUGGUCCUCCGCCGAAUCCAUGACAGGUAGCUCCGCCCCUCGCCCACCGGCGCCGGCGCCGGCAAAACUCUACGAUCUGGACGUGACAAUCGUCUCCGCCAAACACCUGAAGAACGUCAACUGGAGGAACGGAGACCUGAAGCCCUACGUUAUCCUCUGGGUCGACCCGGACCGCCGCCUCGCCACCAAGCCCGACGACUCUGGCUCCACCCGCCCCGUCUGGAACGAGCGGUUCGUUCUGCCGCUCGCCUUUCCGCCGAGGGACGCCGUCCUCACGCUCGAGGUCUUCCACUCCAAACCGUCGGAAUCCCCCAAACCCUUGGUCGGAACCCUAAUUUUCGAAAUUCGCGAUCUACUCGCCGAUUCCGACGAUUCGAUGUUCCGCCUCCGGACCUUCGAGCUCCGGCGACCUUCCGGCCGUCCACACGGCAAGAUCAGGCUGAAGCUUGGCUUAAUCGAACGCCCAAUCGAGAAUUACCACACCGUGCCUCCUUCAAAUUACUAUUACUCCUCUGCUCCCCUUCCACCAAUGGCGUACGGAGGAUAUUCUCCUGGUCCGUAUUCUUCCCCCGCUCCUCCGCAGCCGUCGAUGUCUUCACCUCGGCCGGCGCCGCCUCCGCAAGCUAAUUAUUCAUAUUCCGAUUCGUACUCCGGGUACUAUUCCUCUUAUUACCCGCCUCAGCCGCCGCCGCCUCGGCCGUACUUCGAGCGGCAGUCAGGCUACGGUGGGCCGGGGCCGAGUGCUCCGGUGGAUUACACACCUUACGAUUAUCACAAGCGAAGUGUUGGGAAGCCUGGGGUUGGAAUGGGGACAGGCUUGGCCAUGGGAACAUUGACUGGAGGAAUGGCAGGGUUGGCAAUGGACGAUGGUAUUAAGCAUGAGGAAGAGAAGACUGGUGACAGAAUUGAUGGUGAUAUGGCUUCAACUUCGAGGAAUGAUCGGUAUGGUGAUUAUUGAACUCUAUUGCUUUCUAUUUGCAGUAAUUAGUUUUAACUUUGUGUGCUGUAGAUUAUGCCUGUGAUAUAGUGUUUUGAUGUUCUUGUAUGUUUGCUGAAUAUCUCUCUGUUGGAGGAUUUGAUGACUGAGAAUUGUUCACUUAUGUCCUUCAUGAUGAUGAUGUUGAGAUAUAUAUAUAUAUAUAUGUGUAUGUAUGUAUGUAUGUAUGUGUGGAUUGAAGCGUGCCUACGAAUCUCUGCUGUUUUAAGGGUGUGAUUGUAUUCACCUUUGAGAUGGUUUAAAGUCUGUUCUUGUUCUUGAGGUUGGAAUGAGUUAUCUAUUCUGUAUGUAUUAUUGUCGGAACAUAUAUUUGUGCUUGUGGCACUUAAAAAGUUUGUUUGAAGACUAGAUUUAUGUCGAGAAACAUGGUGGUCUUUGAUUCUUGUGUUUGCAUUUGUUUUCAUACAUCAGAUUACACUAAUUGGAUAGGUUGCCUCUUGGAUUAUAAUACUCGAAAAGAUAUGUUGCAAUUGCGGUGCAAUUUCAACUCAUAGAAGUAGAUUUCAUUUGUUUCUGUGACUAGUUUUAUUUUCUUAAACGAAUCCUUCCGGUCCUCUCUAAUUCAUUAGAAAUAUGCUGACUCUGAGAUAUAAAUCAAGUUAAUUUUAACAUGUAGAUAUAAUGUAAGCAUUGAUUUAUAUCGACCCUAAAUCGUGAGAAAAUACUGAACAAUUUAUAUUUGAAAACGAUUUCACUAGUGAUCUCUGAAGUCAGUAGAGUCCGAUAUAGGAAUUCUUGAUCACAACAUGCAAUAUUUACCCAUCUCUAACAUGAAUUUUGUGAUUGGAUUUUUAAAAAAAAAAAAAAAAAAAAAAAAAGGAAUUAAUAA